AGCUUCCAUCUGUGGCAAAGUCCAGAUUACAAAGGAACCUUUUCCUGCUUUUGCAUUCCUAUCCCUCUGUAGGUACAAAACAGGGUUAAUUGUUCUGCACCGACAGCCUUACUAAUGCUGCCUGCUCCUAUUGGGUAACACAAGUGUCCAUCAUGUUUAGGAAGUGACUGCAAAGGGGAAGGUUUCUCCGCAUUACGUCUUUAUACGGAAGGAAGAAAACACAGCCAGCAGGCCAGUAAACUGCAGCGUUCACCAGUACGUGGAAGCAGCAAGUAUCCAGAAUCCAGAAAAUGAAAUUGUAUCAGAAGCUGACGACAUACGUCCCCCAGAUUACUGAAGCCACGGAGGACGCCGCUGAUGAGAAGCCGUUGUGCCAUCAGAAGCUGUCUGCCUGGUGGCUGGGUGGAGGUCUCCUAAUGGUAGCUGGUCUCCUUAGCGGAGUGACUGUUUGGGUGCUCGGGCAAAUUUGGUGGAGUCAGCACGAAACUCACCCCCUGACGAAGUGCAUCUCUAUUCCGGAAGACCUUCGCUUUGACUGUUACCCAGAAAGAAAUGUCGUCGUGACUCGAGAACUGUGCGAAGGCCGGGGCUGCUGCUUUGUCGACAGCCAGCAGGGCUCUGGUGGCACCAGUGGCGUGCCUUGGUGCUUUUACCCACCUGACUUCCCCAGCUACACCUUGGGCAGCGUGAACGAGACAGAGCUGGGGAUGGUGGGCUUUCUGACCAGGAAAACAAAGACCUAUUACCCCAAAGACAUUGAGAAGCUGCAGCUCAGCGUGGAGUUUGAGACGGAUGCUCGGUUGCAUGUCAAGAUCACGGAUGCGUCCAGUCCUCGGUACGAGGUGCCCCUGGAUGUACCUACAGCGAAGAGGAAAGCAGAGAAUCCUGUCUACGCGGUGGAGUUCUCCAAGGAGCCCUUUGGGUUGAUAGUGACGCGGAAAGCUUCGGGGACCGUUCUGCUGAACACCACGGUGGCUCCUCUCUUCUAUGCCGACCAGUUUCUCCAGGUUUCCACCCUCCUUCCCUCUGCCUACCUUUAUGGCCUGGGAGAACACCAGAGCAACUUUCUACACAGUCUGGAGUGGAACACCUUGACUUUCUGGGCUCGAGAUGUCCCUCCCACGGAGUCCUGCAAUCUCUACGGCGUUCACCCGUUUUAUCUUGUCAUGGAGAAAGGUGGAGCUGCCCACGGGGUUUUCCUCUUGAAUAGCAACGCAAUGGAGGUGUCCCUUCAGCCUGCUCCCGCCCUCACCUGGAGGACCAUCGGCGGAGUCCUGGAUUUCUACAUCUUUCUAGGACCCGACCCCAACCUGGUGGUCCAGCAGUACCAGCAGGUCGUUGGCUUCCCAGCCAUGCCCCCUUAUUGGGCUCUGGGCUUCCACCUCUGCCGCUGGGGUUAUGGAACGAGCAACGAGACCUGGGAGACGGUGAAAGCCAUGAGGAACUUUCAGAUCCCCCAGGAUGCUCAGUGGAACGACAUUGACUACAUGGACAGCUAUCGGGACUUCACCACAGACCCGCAGAAGUUCGGCGCGCUCCCUCAACUGGUGGGAGACCUUCACAAACACGGGCAGUCCUACGUGAUGAUUGUGGAUCCUGGGAUCAGCAGCGCUUCCUCUCCGGGCUCUUACUGGCCUUACGACGAAGGCUUAAAGCGUGGCGUCUUCAUCAACAACACGGAAGGGAAGCCUUUGAUAGGGAAGGUUUGGCCUGGUCUCACCGCCUACCCUGAUUUUUCUAACCCAGAUACCCACCAGUGGUGGCUGGAAAACCUGAGUCGCUUCUACUCUCUCGUCCCCUUUGAUGGUGUUUGGAUCGACAUGAACGAACCAUCCAACUUUAUGGACGGCUCAUCAGAAGGCUGUUCUCAAGGAGAACUGGACAACCCACCCUACGUUCCUGCCAUCCUGGGGGGCUCCCUUUCAGCCAAGACCAUCUGUGCCUCUGCCAGACAAAACACGUCAUCCCACUACAACCUCCACAACCUCUACGGGCUGAUGGAAGCCAAAGCGACUGCAAGCGCUCUGGUCCAAAUCAAGGGGAAGCGGCCCUUUGUCAUCUCUCGCUCCACUUUCCCAAGCCAGGGCAAGUAUUCGGGACAUUGGCUUGGGGACAACAGAAGCGAGUGGAAGGACAUGUUCUGGUCUAUCCCAGGCAUCCUGAGCUUCAGCCUCUUUGGAAUUCCCUUGGUGGGGGCAGACAUCUGCGGCUUCUCCGGUUCCACCUCGGAAGAGCUGUGCCUUCGCUGGACGCAACUGGGAGCCUUCUAUCCCUUUUCGCGAAACCACAACACCCAGGGCGAGAAGGCUCAGGAUCCCACCGCGUUCAGCCCGGUGGCACGGGCUGCCAUGAAGGAGGCCCUGGAAGUCCGCUACGCCCUGCUGCCUUUCCUCUAUUCCCUCUUCCAUCGGGCCCACCUGCAAGGGGACACCGUCGUCCGGCCUCUGUUUUUUGAGUUCCCAAAGGACGUGGCCACCUACGCCAUUGACAGACAGUUUCUCUGGGGACGAGGGCUGCUGGUGACGCCGGUGCUGGAUCCUGGCAUGGAUUCGGUGAUUGGCUACUUCCCCCGAGGCCUGUGGUACGACUACUAUACGGGCUCUUCGGUGAACAGCAGCGGGGAGAACCUGAAAAUGGCGGCGCCUCUGGACCACAUCAACCUGCACGUGCGGGAGGGGACCAUCCUGCCCACCCAGAAACCCGGAUCCAGCACUUCGGAGAGCCGCAAGAACCCUUUGGGCCUGAUCGCGGCCUUGUCGCAGAACUCCAACGCCUGGGGGGACCUUUACUGGGAUGACGGGGAAAGCUUGGACACCUUCGCCAAGGGCGACUAUGCGUACUUAGUGUUCAACGUCACACAGGGCACCUUUACCUCCACCGUCCUUCAUUCCAACGUGGAAGCCACCUACAUCACCGUGGAUACUUUGACUGUCUACGGAGUCCGGGAGGAGCCCAAGACCGUCGUGGUCAACGGGAAGGAAUGGCCUUUCACCUAUUUGACCAACCAGGUCCUCACCGUGGGUGAUCUUCAGCUAAAUCUCAGCCAGGGAUUCUACGUACGGUGGCUGUGAGACGGCAGAGUCGCUUCCUUCCCCAGGCGGCUGUCUGCACGGGGACCUCCCAAGGGAGGCCGCCGUGCCCGGUGGGUCUUUCUGGCUCCACCUCGGCCUCGUCACCUCUUUCGGCGAGGGUGUGCGAUUCUUGCUUCCGCCCCGCCGGCCUCUUUAACGCCUCGUCCUACCAAGAAUCUUCCAAGUCGCCUUCUUGCUCUAGCAUCCCUUGCACGCCGCUAGGCAUCUCAUGCUCCUCCUUGUGUGUUGUGGCUUCAUUCAGAAGGGAGAGCAUUGGCCACGUUCCCUGGAUUGGAGCUCCCAAACGUCUAAGGCUUGCAUUUUGGGGGGCAGGCAUCCUGCGUUGCUAUGAGCUGCUCCUUCUUCUGGGGCUUCCCCUGUUGCUGCAUGAGGAGGGGGUCCCGUGCUUGCAUGCAAAACCUCCCUUGUUCAGGUCCUGCCCUUUCCACCUUUCAUGGAAGCUUAGUUUGCAAGGUUAGGGAGAGAUUCCCGUCCUAAGAUCCCGAAGAGCAGACUAUUUGUCAAAUAACAGUCCCGGUUAGUUAAAGGAACCGUCGCUGAAGGAUGGAUCCGUCUUGCUGGACCGUCACUUCCACCUACAACUGAACCACCCAGCUUGGCUUCACAGGGACUGAUGACCCACCUCCUCGAGUCAUCAGCCAAGAGGCUUUACGGCUCCACAACGUUUGAUGCGCAAACUCCCCCAGGGGCGGAAAUCCCUGGCCUUUGGCCGUCCCAAGGAAGUACCUCAAAAAUUUGACUCAGGAUCCCGUCCGAUUCAUAGAUGGGGGUAAGGUGGGCGUUGCGGCUGCUUGUGCCAGUGAGAGAUCUUGGAAGGAAACCCUCAGCUGGUAACUCCACCUCCCCUUGGGUCGCACUUGAUAUGGCCCUCAACUCACCUUCAGUGUGAAUGUCAUUAGUGUACGGCAGUACAUGGGGGCGGGGGAUUAAUUGCACUAUAUAUUUUUAAAAAUAGAGAGCUCCCCCCCCCACCUUCCCCAUCUCUAUAGCUUUCCCAUCAUACGUCUUAGACCCCUUGCAAAAAUUGAUCUGAAUGGGUAGCAUUUCACAGGUUUAAAAUGAAUCUUUGAACUUUUAGGUAUUUACUUUUGAGCUCACGUGUGUAAGAUUGUGCUCUUAUCUGCUGCUUCUCUAUGACUGCGCCUCGAAUCCACCCACACGUGGCUGUCAGUAGCCAAUGGCUGUCAGAUCAGAACUUUGCAUAGGAAAACCACCUGCUGGUUAGCUCCGUGGUUUAGGGAUCUGGCUGCAGCGGCAGAUGUUGGGAAUUCAAUCCCUCGCUGUGCCUCCUUAGCAUGGGCUGGAUUCGAUGAGCCGUAGGGUCCCUUUGUGGCUCUGCAGUUGUGGGAUUAUUAUUAUCAUUUGAAUCAAUUGACACUGGUCAGAUGAGUCUGAAACAAAAGUAGUAGCUCAACAACAGCACACAAGCUGUGUUUGUGACUGUGAUUGGGUCCAGAGUUAGCUUAGCAGAGGGAUGCAAGUUGCUACCUGGAGUAAACCUAUUGGUUUCAAGGGCAGUAGAGACGGUCAUAAUUAACUCAGGUUCUCCCCCCCCCCCAUUUUCAGUGGGUCUGCUCUAGGUCUGGCUAAAACGAUCCCACCAAAUAUUUUAAAUCAAUAAAUGAUCGGAAACAAUCUAUUG